AUGUCUACCGCUCAACCUGAGCCAUCGCGGGUGCACCCGCGUCGUCGGCCCGUCUUAAACACUGCCCUUCCCACCUUGUCGAACGACUCGCUUGACUCUAAGAUGCGUCUUCAGAAAGGAGAAACUUUUCAUACCCCGACUUCCCCUCCCUCGACUGAUCGCGAUCCUGUCUUGAACGUCCGCUCCCUGCCUCAUCGCUCAGUAACAUCGUUGGAAGCCCUCGCUGCAGCCGAAGAGCGUAUGACCUCCAUCCUCGGCCGACUGACUCUAGACUCCACCGAAGAUCAGACCGCGCAAGCCACUAGUGACGAUAGUAUUUUGAAGGGCUUGAUGCGCAGUAGCCCAAACUCUAUGUCUGAUUCGCCGCGUUCCUCAAAUGAAGAGGGUCGCAGUAUUCCCAUCCCAGUGGACGAGAAAAAAGCUCGUCAACAGCAUAGUCACGAGUCCGACAGUGGGCUCGGAACUUCCAUCAGCAGCGAAGAGGGGCUGGUUGAUUUGCAAGAUAAAGUCAAUAAUGAUAUUCACGACAACCAAUCCGCCAUUACAAGCUCUAUUGCAGCAUUUGAUACUGGUUCGUCGCCAAAACGUCAAUUAGGCUCCGUUGCUUGCAAACAAAUUGAACGUUUUGUGCUUGUGCCUAUAUUGAAAGAGCCUCGUCUAAAACCAUUCCACUCAUUGGUCCGGAGUGUUCCCCAGCGCAUUGUCAAUAAGCAAAUCGUUUGUCUGCGCGAUCUCGAGAAAACCCUAUUGUGGUUGGCACCUGUGAGUCAAUAUACUCUUCUAUACAUUGGGUCAUUGGAGUUCUGGUUAAGCUUAUUCUUUGGUUCUUUCUUUAAAUUCAAGAACUCCGCCACUUCUCGGAAUUCUUAUCUCAACUUCUGCGAGUUCACCAUCCAGUGCUUGCAUACUUCGACUUCACACCUUAACGAUCGCGAUCAACGGUUACCGGCUGAUCGACCUUACACUAACGGAUACUUCCUUGACCUUGUUUCUCAGGUUCGACGAUACGCAGCAAUGGUUCGGGCUGAGCGUCAGCGAGUCCAGGCGACUCAGGACUCCAAGUCCGACAAAUCCAACAUUCGUCUCGAAACUGCUACCCUAGAAGGUGGUCUAUCCAAGAACGGAAAACCAGCCGAACUCGUGGUCAUGCAAGACGGAAAGCCAAUCUCUUUGGCCACUGGCAAGCCCUACGAGGCGGAUGUUGCUGGUGCUACCAAGCGCACCAUUACCCUUGACGAUGCAGUCGAUGAGGGUGUUGAGCGCUCCAUGGCACGCCGCAAGAAGGAUGCCCCGCCAAUGAACAUCAAUCAGAAGUGUUCCGACUGCGAUAAGGUUUUCAAGCGCCCCUGCGAUUUGACGAAGCAUGAGAAGACGCACACUCGGCCCUGGAAGUGCGAGCACACUGACUGCAAUUACCACACCAAAGGUUGGCCCACCGAGAAAGAACGUGACCGUCAUAUGAAUGAUAGGCACUCGGACAAGCCUACGCUCUUCAAAUGUCAAUUCCACAAAUGCCCGUAUGCUUCCAAGCGGGCCAGCAAUUGCAAGCAGCACAUGGAAAAGUCCCACGGAUGGGUCUAUGUCCGCUCUAAGAACAAUGGCCGCAAUGGCAGCAAGCGCGGUGGUUCUGUCCAGACCACUCCCCAGACUCCCAGUGUGUCUACUCCUGCUUCGAAGGCAACCGACUUUGCGUCUCCGAUCCCUGGCCCCAGUCCUUCACCCAGCAUCCAGAAUUACAACUGGCCCGAAAAUCCUCAGUUCAACUUUGCUGAUCCUCCUGCACCUGCCCAUGGCGAAGACUUCCCACUGUUUGGAGAAGCCUCGCCCUAUCUGAUGACCGAUAUUAACUCGUUCCCGACGUCGAUGAACCUGACCUCCUUCCAGAGUCAGUUUGAGGCCGGUGACCCCAACGGACUGAUCCCAGCCCUUGAAAUGCACCGCCAGUCUAUGAAUUCCAUGUCUAUUCCAUCUGCCGACUCCGUUCCCGACCUGAUGGGACCUGUGUCCUUUGAUGGAUCCCCACUCACCGGUACUGAAAGCAUCAACUUUGACUUGGAUUGGAGUAACCUAGAGUACCCUAACGAGGACUACACUGCGAUGGCUGCGCAGAUCCCUCAGGCUCAGUCCUUUGAGGCGAUGAAGGGUUACUCGAACGACUACGACCAAAUGAACCUCAACCACUGCUCUUUCGAUCUUUCGAGCAAGCACGCCGGUCUCUCUCCCGGUGCCCAGGGGAACGCCAUGUUGUACUCACCCGACUCUUGCAAUGUCGGCGACACCCUCUCCGAGCGAUACGAAUACGGACUCCAGGCUCAGGCCGACAACGACUUUACGCUUUACAACCAGAGCGCUGCGAUGAGUCACGGUGCCCAACCUAUGAUGCAAACUUCGAGCGACCACUCAGCUCGCUACAGCCAGCCUCCGCAGCACAUGUUUCCUUCGCUUGAGCAGGAACGCGUGCUGCAGAGCAUGCAGCCCUGGAAUAGCCAACAACCCCAGGGACAUUAUCUGCCCCGCGACAUGGAUCUAGAAUUUAUGAAGUAG